AUGGACUUUUCUCAGUAUGGCGGUCCGUCCGACGAAUGGCUGGCACUGGAGAAGACGCUUCCCGCGCGGACUUUCGACAUCUCGAUGGACCCACUCGUACUUCAGAAAGCUGUAAACACCGAGAGAGAAGCACGCUCGGCAGAGCUGAAGCAGUUGUUUGCAGCACAUGUCGAGGUCAAAGAUCACGUCAUUCCAACCCGUGAUGGCUCGACUAUCGAAGCUCGUACCUAUCGAUCUGUAAAGAAAGACGCGUCAGAGAAGCUUCCUGUGUACUUGUACUUCCACGGAGGAGGUUUCAUCUUUGGAUCGUUGAAUAGCGAGGAUCCGCUGUGUUCGCAGACCGCGAUAAAAACCGGAGCGCUUGUACUGAACGUCAACUAUCGCCAUACACCAGAGCACAUCUUCCCAACCGCUUGGAACGAUUCUCAGGAUGCAUUUGUAUGGCUGCAUAAGAACAUCGACGCACUCGGGGGCGAUCCAUCUCAAGUCGUUGUCGGCGGCGUCUCAGCAGGCGGCAACCUAGCAGCCUCCCUCACCCUGGAACAGCAUCUCAAAAAGAGUGAGACUAUGGCAGGCCUGCCCACACUAGCCGGUCAGAUCCUCAUCAUCCCUUUGCUCGCCCACCCAGCUACAUAUGAACAAGGCCCCGGCAAACUACUCAACAAGUCGACCUCAUCCUAUGUCGAGAACGAAGACGCUCCGGUUCUGCCGAGGAGAGUCAUGGAUUACUUCACAGCACUUCUGAAGGCUGGCACACCAGAUCUAAAAGACACAAAGAUGAAUGUAGUGAACGCGACGGAAGAGGAGGUCAAGGGCUUUCCUCCUACGGUGUUUGGUAUCGCAGGCUUGGACCCGCUGCGCGAUGAGGGGCUGUUGUUUUCAAAGAAGCUGUCGGAGGCUAAUGUGCCGACUUCUACUACGCUUUUCAAGGGCGUGCCGCAUGGCCAUAGGCGGUUUGGGAAAGCGUUGAAGGCGUCUGAGCAUUGGGAUCAGUGUGUUAAUGAAGGAAGUGACGUCCCCCCAUACGCGAUCCUUUCACACCGAUGGCGCGAGCAAGAAGUUCUGUACGAUGACAUGAUAGCUGCGGACCGCAGUAUUGCACGCAGCAAGAAAGGCUACGCGAAGCUUGAGAUGACGUGCCGUGUUGCGCUUGAACACGGGUUUAGCUAUGUCUGGAGCGAUACUUGCUGCAUCGACAAGAGUUCCAGCGCUGAGCUAUCGGAAGCUAUCAACUCGAUGUACAGUUACUACACCCAUUCAGAGUGGUGCAUCGCAUACUUGGACGAUGUGGUGCUCGAUGAAACACAGCCCGGCGUCCCUUUCGGAGUUAAUGGAGCACUAUCCAGAUCAGCUUGGUUUUCAAGAGGGUGGACUUUGCAAGAGCUGAUCGCCCCGCUCAAGUUGACUAUCUACGCAAAGAGCUGGAACAAGAUCGGCACAAAAGCUGAUUUGUUCAAAGAAAUCUCUGUAGCCUCCAACAUUACUGAGAAGGUCCUGAGAAACCGGGAAGCCAUCAGUGCCGUGGGCGUAUCCGAGAAGAUGUCGUGGGCGGCGAAAAGAGUUACGACGCGACCGGAAGACGAAGCGUACUCCCUGAUGGGCAUCUUUGGUGUCAAUAUGGCAACUUUGUACGGAGAGGGCAAAAGCAGCGCAUUCAGACGACUACAACUUGAGAUUCUGCGGACAAGUACUGACCAUACUCUUUUCGCCUGGAAAUCAGAGACAGUUAACGGCGACAUGCUAGCGCCAAACCCGAUGCCAAAUUACGACAUGACAAACGCGGGACUCCGCAUACAGCUGCCUUUGAGACGCGAGAACCAUCUACCAAGACAGUCCUUUGAGGUUGCAUACCCGCUCAUGGAUCCAGACUGGUGGAAAUAUAGCUAG